AUGUCUUUAUUAUUAACAUUACCAUUCAUUUAUACAAUGUAUCAUUUCAAUGAAACAAAUACAAUUUUAUUCACUAAUGAAAUGACUUAUAAUAUAACUCAAUUAUUUAAUAAGGAUUAUGAUGAAUUUAAGAAACAAUCUAAUGAAUUUAUUAUUAAAUUUAAUGAAAAUCAAUUGAAUAAUUUAACAAUUAAAACUACUUAUAAUGGAUUAAUAAGUAGUAUCUGUAUUGUUAUAUUAAGUUUAUUGAUUUUUUAAAUAAACUAUUAACUAUUUGGUUUA